AUGUCUGGCCCCUACAGCCAGUUCUUGGAUCUCGACAACACCCGGGAUCCAUACGCCUUCGAGGAUCCAAACAUCUUCCAGGACCCAAUCCUCAACGACAUGUCCCUCUUUGGACCCGAUGAGUACCAGCAGCCAUACAACCCCCCUCAGUCCCAGUACCAGUCGCUAUACAGCAACAACUUCCAGCAGUCGAACUACCAGUCUCCAUACAGCAACCCCCCUUACCAGCAACCCAUGAACAACGCCUACAUCCAACAUCCUCCUCCUCCCCCUCCUCCUCCUCAACAGACGCCCGCCGGCACCGCAGAACCCCCCUCCAAACGCCUCCGAUCUC